GACGGGCUUUGGGCGCCAUUUUGAAAAGGGAAAAAAAUUCCCUCCCCGGCGGCGGCGGCGGUGGCGGCAGCGGCAGCGGCGGUGGCGGCCGGGGCUGAGCGCUCGGAGCGCCUCGGUCGGCCGCGCUCAGCUGGGCGCGUCCCGCCCGCGCCAUGGCAGGAGCCGGAGGUGGCGGCUGCCCGACGGGCGGCAACGACUUCCAGUGGUGCUUCUCGCAGGUGAAGGGCGCUGUCGACGAGGACGUGGCGGAAGCCGACAUCAUCUCCACCGUUGAGUUUAACUACUCUGGAGACCUUCUUGCAACAGGAGACAAAGGUGGCAGAGUUGUUAUUUUCCAACGGGAACAAGAGAAUAAAGGCCGCGCUCACUCUAGGGGAGAGUACAAUGUUUACAGUACCUUUCAGAGUCAUGAGCCAGAGUUUGACUAUUUGAAAAGUCUAGAAAUUGAAGAAAAAAUUAAUAAAAUCAGGUGGUUACCGCAACAGAAUGCUGCUCAUUUUCUACUCUCUACAAAUGAUAAAACUAUUAAAUUAUGGAAAAUAAGUGAACGAGAUAAAAGAGCAGAAGGUUAUAACUUGAAAGAUGAAGAUGGACGACUUCGAGACCCAUUUAGAAUUACGGCACUACGGGUUCCAAUAUUGAAGCCCAUGGACCUUAUGGUAGAAGCAAGUCCACGACGAAUUUUUGCAAAUGCUCAUACAUAUCACAUAAAUUCCAUUUCAGUAAAUAGUGAUCAUGAAACAUAUCUCUCUGCAGAUGAUCUGAGAAUUAACCUAUGGCAUUUAGAAAUCACAGAUAGAAGCUUCAACAUUGUGGACAUCAAGCCUGCUAACAUGGAGGAGCUGACAGAAGUCAUCACUGCCGCGGAGUUCCACCCACACCAGUGCAAUGUAUUCGUCUACAGCAGCAGCAAGGGGACCAUCAGGCUGUGUGACAUGCGUUCUUCUGCCCUCUGUGAUAGGCAUGCCAAGUUGCCAUUAUGACGGGGUCCUACAACAACUUCUUUAGAAUGUUUGAUAGAAACACUCGGAGGGAUGUUACACUGGAAGCCUCAAGAGAGAACAGCAAGCCCCGAGCCAGCCUGAAGCCCCGGAAAGUGUGUUCAGGGGGUAAGAGGAAGAAGGAUGAGAUUAGCGUGGACAGUUUGGACUUCAAUAAGAAGAUCCUUCACACAGCCUGGCACCCCAUGGAGAGCAUUAUUGCUGUAGCUGCCACCAAUAACUUGUAUAUAUUCCAGGACAAAAUUAAUUAAGGAACUGACUGGAGGACCAAGUGUUGUCUUGCAUACAUACAUAAGCCGGUCGUUUUCCUGUCCAAAAAAGGCAUUGUCCUCUCCAUUGAGAAUAGUGACGCACUUCUACUUCCCUCAUAGACACAGGAGAAGAAGGGGUCUCAGCUGGAGCCUUGGGAGAGAUGAGUGCUGCUGCUGAAGGGAAAACCUACUUGAAGCUGAAUUGGUGGACUCUGCUCAAUAAAGGCCAUUACUCAAAUGUAUUUAUUUAAGUCUGAGCCUUCCUUUCCAGUUUUUAGACCAAAAAACUAACAUCUGAGAGGAAAAAAAAUCUCAUCAAAUCUCUCCAGCUCUUACCUCUGUCUCUGCCAUCCAUCCCUGGGCCUUAUCCUGGACAUGGUGUGGCCACCACCCACGUUCCUCUCUGGCCCUGGAGCCCCAGUGGGCUGCAUCACCCACCGCUGGUGCGUGGUGCAUGGCUGUGCCCGAGCAGGCUCAGGCAGCUCUCCUCACCCACUGCACCUGCCAUCACACCUUCUGUGGAGCUACUUAAUAAACACAGCACACUGUGAAGUGUUUUUAAAUCCAAA